AUGAAAAGAUAUCGCUUGACAUUUGGUCUUGAAUGCUAUGCGUGUACCAACCAGCCAGGACUUCCUGGAGGAAACAGUUGUGAAAGGGACAAAGCUGAGAAUAUUACUUGCGAUACGUUAGGGUUACUCGAUAGAUGCAUAACAGUGAAAUACACCACGUCUCUUGGACAAUUGGGCUCGAGGUCACUCGAGCUAAGGAACUGUUCCAACAACAUUUCGUGUGACCCGAACAGUCAGUUCUAUAUCUGCAAACUGGUCAACCAGACGGGAAACUUGACCAAUUGUUCAGCUGACUGUUGUGACGGCGACCUGUGUAACAAGAUCCCAGAGACAACAGCAAAACCCCAGCCACCAGCUCUUGAAUGCUAUGCGUGUACUAACCAGCCAGAACUUAUUGGAGGAGCCAAGUGUGAAAGCGACAAAGCUGAAAAGAUUACCUGCGAUCCGUUAUUGUUCAAUAGAUGCAUGACAGUGAAAUACACCAUGUAUCUUGGACAAUUGGGCUCGAGGUCAGUCGAGCAAAGGAACUGUUCCAACAGCGCUUCGUGUGACUCGAACAGUCAGUUCAAUAUUUUGACAGCAUUUGGUCUUGAAUGCUAUGCGUGUACCAACCAGCCAGGACUUCCUGGAGGAAACAGUUGUGAAAGGGACAAAGCUGAGAAUAUUACUUGCGAUACGUUAGGGUUACUCGAUAGAUGCAUAACAGUGAAAUACACCACGUCUCUUGGACAAUUGGGCUCGAGGUCACUCGAGCUAAGGAACUGUUCCAACAACAUUUCGUGUGACCCGAACAGUCAGUUCUAUAUCUGCAAACUGGUCAACCAGACGGGAAACUUGACCAAUUGUUCAGCUGACUGUUGUGACGGCGACCUGUGUAACAAGAUCCCAGAGACAACAGCAAAACCCCAGCCACCAGCUCUUGAAUGCUAUGCGUGUACUAACCAGCCAGAACUUAUUGGAGGAGCCAAGUGUGAAAGCGACAAAGCUGAAAAGAUUACCUGCGAUCCGUUAUUGUUCAAUAGAUGCAUGACAGUGAAAUACACCAUGUAUCUUGGACAAUUGGGCUCGAGGUCAGUCGAGCAAAGGAACUGUUCCAACAGCGCUUCGUGUGACUCGAACAGUCAGUUCAAUACAUGCAAACUGGUCAACUCGACGGGCAUGCUGACUGACUGUUCACUUGACUGUUGUGAAGGCAAACUGUGUAACAAGGUUCCGGAGCCAACAACAAAAUCCCAACCAACAAGUGAGGCCUUUGGAUUGGUUGCAAGCUUUGGAGCCAUUUUGUUUAGUUUUGUCCUGAACGUGUGUGCUUAACCCUGUAUCCAUCUUUUGUUUCGUUACUUUAUUAAAAGUCCGAUUUUUAAAACGUU